AUGCGGACGCUGCCGCCAGCAACCGGAGCGGUGCUGCUCCUGGCUGGCGAGGUUGCUCCUGAAGAGGCUGUCCGCAAUGCCAGGGCUGUGCAAGAUGAAGCAGCCACCAUGACGUGGAAGCUGGCCCCCGUGUACACCAGCCUGAUUGAUUGCCUUGUUCAGCUCUCCUCGAACGCCUCGAACCCAGUGGCUUUCGAGGAUCUUUAUCCCAUGUGGGUGGUGAGGACCACAGAUGUGCUGAAAAUGCAUGGGCCUCCCCAAGUCCAUGAGGAAUUACUUAAAGCUGGCUUGCUCGUGCUUCGUGAGAGUCACUUCAAAACCAUCUUCGUGUCCCAUCAGUGGCUGGGAGCAGUGCACCCGGACGAAGAUGGGAGGCAGCUCCGAAUUUUGCGUCUCUGUAUUCGCAACAUUUUGAGCGGCAGCCUGAAACUCUCGCCGACAGACUUUGUUUCAGUUGGGCAGUCAACAGCCAGGGAGCAGGGUCUGUCAAGGUCAGAGCUUGAUGAUCUGCGCAAUUCCUACAUAUGGUUUGACUGGUUCUCCAUUCCGCAGCACGGAGCUACAAAAGAUUUUGCCUUAGCGGUCCAGUCCAUUCCAGCAUUCGUUGAUGCUUGCGAGUUCUUUGUCGCCUUGGUCCCGACUAUCCCGCACAAGAGCACUGGAAUGGAUUGUUCAUUCACCAGUUGGCUUGAUAGAGGCUGGUGCAGGGCUGAAAUGUGGUGUAGGCUUUUGUGUAGCCGGCCCACCAUUCCUAUCAUCAUUGUUCUCGACCACGACCAUGCGGUUUUUGCGACACCUUCUCAAUGCUUACCCUACCCUCCUAACACUGGAGAGUACACAGUCGCCAAAGACCGAGUGGAGGUGAACAAAUUUAUUCGAGUUGCCUUGCGAAACAAAAUUGGUCUUCUGGAGAGCAGAAGGACCACUGUUGACAUUGGCCGUUACUACAAGGCAAGAUUUCAGGAUAUUCUUGGACUCCCUCCUGCAGAUCAAAAUCCAAGGUCUUUUGUUUCACACUUUUGUUUCGAGUCCAAGGAGGAGGCUAUUAAUGAGAAGGCCGGCAUGGGUGCGAUGGCAUGCGCAGUGCUCUCCAGGAAUGUCAAGAUGAUGCGAUGGCUCAGCCGUUCCGGAGCUCCGCUUACGACACGGCUUUCUGACAUGACAUCCGUGGGGAUCCCAGACGGGUGGUCUCCUCUGCACCUUGCAGCACAGGUCAGCUGGCACGACAUCGGUCCCCUCCAAGAACUGCUAAGCCUGCGUGCCAACCCAAAUCUUACCGAUGCGGUCGGUGUCCCGGUCUUGUCUGCGUGCAGCUCCGCAGAAGCUGUCCACUUACUGGUGGACCAUCGGGCUGAUGCAAACCUUCGCCGCUCUCCCAGAUUCGUGUCAGCCUUACAAAGCAGCUGCGCUCUCUUCAGCCCCAUCGAGACCGUUGCCGCGCUGAUUAAGUGCCGAGCUGAAGUACACCCCGGUGAGCUCUGCACCUUGGCAGGGGCUGCGACUAUGCAGCGUCAUGAGGUCGAGCUCGCUCACCUUCUGAUUCAGUCCAAGGCGCAAGUGAACGCACGGCCGAGGAACAGCAACCGGCAAAGGCUGACGGAGUUAGCCUGCCGGGCGCGACUCAUGUUGACAGAGCCGUCGUUGAGGGUUCGACAUCUUGCCGAAAGCAGCACCACCGCGCUGGGUCACGCGUGUUUCUGGGGGAGUGCCAACUUGGCAGCCUUUUUGCUCGGGGCCAAGGCCAACCCCACAGAAGCUAACAAUCGUGGACACACGCCAGUGCAGCUGGCCCGGCAUCAGGCAGUCUUCGAUGUUCUGCAGAGCUUCGUGGAAGAACCACAUAACGGAAUACAGAAUCACAAGAGUGACAGCACUCCUGUGCGGAGCCAUGUGCCUGGGGUGGAGCUGCGUAGUCCAGUAGCAUCAAUUGAACUUGACUUCUGGGCCGGAAGGAGGCUUGAGGAUACUGGAAGGAGUGCAAACACGGAACUGCAUACAUUGUCAACGGUCCCGUUACAUUCUGUGCAGCAUUUCAUCGAAGAUCCUACAGAUGAUUCAUUCUCCGUGUAA